AUGCGCUUAUCAAACUUUUUGACGAUUCUGACGGCUGUUGCAGGGGGGUUUUCUGUCAAAGCUUCUUUGUUAAGACGUGAUGAUGCUUUUGCCAACAAUGACACUUCGUCUGCCCCUAUUCCCAACCGCUAUAUCGUGGAGUUUGCAGAGGGCGUCGAUCCUCAACAAGCGGCGGGUGAUCUUGCAAAUGCAGGGGCUUCUGUGCUUAAAAUCUUUGACUCAGAUAUCUUCCGUGGUGCAUCAGUAUUGUCAGAUACGCAUAAUCUGGACACGCUACAGUCACUUGCACCAGUCAUUCGAUCAUGGCACUCUAAGAAGAUUAAAUUGACUGCCCCUAUUGCAACUUCACAAACAUUCGGCCCUAGUGCAGCAAAUUCCAACUUCUCCGUCCAUCACAUGACUGGCGUGGACAAGCUUCACGAGGCCGGAAUUUUAGGCAAGGGUGCUAAAGUAGCUGUUGUCGAUACUGGGGUUUGGCAUCCACACCCUGCUCUCGGUGGUGGUUUUGGACCAGGCUUUAAAGUUGCAGGGGGUUACGAUCUUGUUGGCACUUGGUGGGGCUAUAACACUUCAGACAAGUCACCGAAGCCAGAUCCGCUAGACGGCCUAGGACAUGGAACUCACGUCUCGGGAAUCAUUGCUGGACAGGCUGACAGUUAUGUCGGAGUAGCACCCGAGGCGUCUUUGUAUGUUUACAAGGUUUUCGGUGAUUAUGCAGAUUACACCGACACCGACACGCUUAUUGAUGCUUUCCUGAUGGCAUACAACGAUGGGGCCGAUAUCAUCACGUCAUCUGUUGGUGGCCAAUCUGGCUUCUCGGAUGAUCCAUGGGCCGUGACCGCCUCUCGUCUCGCGGAACAAGGCGUAGUAGUAACCAUUGCCAACGGCAACGAUGGUAGCAGUGGCCCCUUUAGUGAAAGUAAUGGCUCAAACGGCGAGUUUGUUCUCGCCGUGGCUUCUGUCAAUGCCGAUGUCUCUGCUGAGGCUGCUUUCGAGGCUACAUUCGAAAGCCAUAGUUCAAAGAAGAUUACGGUCUCAUAUCAAGCAUCUGUCCUUUGGGACUCGGCUGCAUAUGAUGAAUGGCCUAUCGUUCCAUUUAAUACUGAUCCUACUGCCCCAACUGACGCCUGCCAUGCGUUCAAUAGCGGCUGGAAUCUCAACUACACCAACUCCAUCGUUCUUGUCAGCGACGGUGCAUGCGAUUGGCAGACGAAGCUCUCUGUGCUCAACGCUUUACACAAUUAUACAUUGCCUAUCCUGAUAUACACUUCUCAAUAUCCUGUUAGCGCAUUUUUCAACGGCUCUGGGGAUAGCACGGUCGGCUAUAUCCCUCUCGAUUCUGGUGAAGCCCUCAUGAAGGCUCUUCGGUCGGGUGUUAAAGUGACAGCAAGUUUCAAGAACACUGUCGAGCAUCUUAAAUUUCUGCCGAGCCCGGCUUUCUAUGGAGGAGGAAUGCCCAGCUAUUUCAGCAGCGUUGGCCCUACAAAUGAUUUAGCACUAAAGCCGGACAUUGCAGCACCCGGUGGAGACAUUUUCUCGACUUAUCUUGACGAUGGUUGGGCAAUAUUAAGUGGCACAUCUAUGGCUACUCCCUACAUUGCCGGUGUGGCCGCGCUCUACAUUGGCAAGUACGGAGGUAGACAUGUCCAUGGCCGUGGCUUUGCCAAAGACUUGUCAAUGCGAAUCAUUGCGUCUGGAAAAUCGCUAGACUGGCUUUCUGAUCCAUUGAAUCCUGUCAACUCUGAUAUCCGAGCUCCUGUUUUCCAGGUUGGUACUGGCCUCGUGAAUGCGUCUAAAGUCCUAAACUUCCAAACGAGCCUGUCAUUCUCAAAGUUCAUGCUCAAUGACACACACAACUUCAAGCGCUACCACAGCGUCGACAUUACAAAUAACAGCCCGCAUCCAAUUACUUACACGUUUUCUGUCGAAGCUAGCGGCUCAAUAGAUACGCUAGUAAGCAAUCAGGACCCAUUAGGCAAGCCUGUAGUUGGAGUGUACACACAAGUCUUCGCUGCUCCUUACGCUGCUGUCCCGUCUGUCACGCUGCCUCACGGCACAUUUACCGUAAAGCCAGGCCAAACAAAGACGGCCAACAUCAACUUUAUGUAUCCAUCGGCCUUGAACGCGACCAACUUACCGUUGUACAGUGGUAAGAUCAUCAUCAAGGGAAGCAACGGGGAAUCACUCGCAGUACCAUAUAUAGGUGUCGGUGCGAACAUUCAUAAAGACCUAGAUUCAGUAUUCUACUACGGCAGCGGACUUCCCGGAAUCACCUCUGGGAGCCGAGGAACACCAAUCGGAGAUCUUCCUAGCUGGAGCUUCAAUGUCAACCCAUUUGUCAAGUCCUAUCCUACUUUUCGGCUUGCUUUUAACUUUGACACGACUGAGUUUCGCUGGGAUAUAUUUGAGUCGACUUGGAGGGAGAAAGACUGGACGUACCCUCCAGUCGUUGGUAAGAAAGGCUACGUCGGAGCCGCGUCCCUCUGGUUGAACGGAAUUCCACUUCUCAUUCCUAACACAAGUCUUGUCACUGCAACACCGUUUACGGACAUACCAAGAAGCAUUAGUGGUUCAUAUGCGUGGCUUUGGUUUGGACAACUCGCGAACGGAUCUCAGAUGACACCAGGAACAUACUGGAUGAGAUUGGCGGCGCUACGUCCAUUUAGUACCAAUCCACAAAACUCUGACAACUGGGACAUUUUCACUACACCGCAAUUCCAAGUUACUCCUCUUCCAACUUAG